AACUACUCUCGACUGCAACAUUCUUCGAUGUGACAGAAACUAAUGAGAGAUCGUACUGCAAACGUGGUGUCCAGUCCAUCACACGUCCGAUGAUCGGAACAGCCGAUGAUGGAUUUAGGUCAAGAGAUACUGCGAAUGUGAGGAGAAGUAAGUGGGUUCAGAUAUUUCGAAGUCGUGAAGGAAGGCAUCAUCGGCCGAGCUGUAAUGAUAGUUGACGAAGAUCGAAGAGUUUGCGAUGCAGAAGUUGGCCAAUGUAGGGAGGAGCUCUGGCCUCGUCGAUGCCGGGCCGGAACAGGACUCGGUUCACAUUUAGUGCAUGAGUCAAUCAUUUCCCGGAAGGAGGGCAGUUGCUCUGCGUUAGAGAUCUGGGUGGUGGCUGAGCCUCCUGCGCCUUUCGUAGAGAAACCCGCACAAGCUCGUGCCUGUUGCGUGUGCAACGGAGGCAGCUGCGCGGUGCUGGUCAGCAUGGAACAUGGGCGAGUGUGUUCGUUCAUGAUCUGCAGCCUUUCGGAGAUUAUGACCAGUAACUGUGAUUAAAAAUGCCCACGUUUUUUUAAGUGUCGAAUCAGGAAUAUGUCGAUUUUAGCAUGUUUUUGUCCUUUUCCCUCCGCCUUUCUCACUUGUUGCUCGACUUUUUAACAAUACCGUUUUGUAGUGGUUUUAAAAAUUUGAGAUAGACAUAUAUUUUGUGCCAUUUGAUUGGAAAUUAUAAUGUUCAUAUUAAUUAGGAC